UUCGCAAAUCGAUAAUUCUGCUUAUCGCCUGGAAAAAAAAAGACGCCGGCAAAAAGAAGCGAAAUUUUGUUUAACUGAAUUAAAACCUCCGGAAAUCAUCGAAAAUGUCGUUCAAGGGUAAUCCCAAAGUGCAGAAGGUGAUGGUGCAGCCCAUCAACCUUAUCUUCCGAUACCUGCAGAACCGUUCCCGCGUGCAAGUCUGGUUAUACGAAAACAUAUCGCUGCGUAUUGAGGGCCACAUUGUGGGGUUCGACGAGUACAUGAACCUGGUGCUGGACGAUGCCGAAGAGGUGUACGUGAAGACCCGCCAGCGUAGGAAUCUCGGCAGGAUCAUGCUUAAGGGCGACAACAUCACGCUCAUACAGAACGUUAGUCCUACGAAGGACUAGGGGAUAAAGCUCCUAUCCUGCGAAUUCUGAGAUUUCCACCUGCUCCAGCUACGCGUCCUAAAUAUAAGUUAAAUAAAUGUAAAGCCGAAAUAUGAAGACGAAUGUUCAAAUAAAAAGUAGACUUUCUAA